UUUAAGUCGUGGAGUCGGGUUUUUUCUCUCGCCCUUUGCAGCUUUCCUGUCUUUUCCUUUUUACUUUUCUUUUUUUGAUAGUCUAGCUUCUAAGUAUGCGCGAGGUAGUUUCUAUUCACGUUGGCCAGGCAGGAACUCAAAUUGGUAAUUCCUGCUGGGAACUUUAUUGUUUAGAGCACGGUAUUUCCCCUGAUGGCUCAAUGGCGCAAAGAACCGAUAAUGAUGCCCAAGACACCUUUUUUAGCGAAACGUCUAGCGGAAAGCAAGUUCCCAGGGCUGUGUUUGUAGAUUUAGAGCCAACUGUUAUAGACGAGAUUCGCACUGGUGAGUACAAGGAUUUGUACCAUCCUGAACAGUUGAUCUCAGGGCGUGAGGAUGCGGCUAAUAACUAUGCUCGUGGGCAUUAUACUGUUGGUAAAGAAAUAGUCGAAAAAGUAGUCGAUCGUGUCCGUAAGCUUACGGACCAGUGCAGCGGUUUGCAGGGCUUUCUUCUUUUCCACUCCUUUGGGGGUGGCACUGGCUCCGGUUUUGGAGCACUUUUAAUGGAUCGCUUGUCUGAAGAAUAUGGACACAAGAAAUCUAAGCUUGAAUUCGCUGUUUAUCCGGCGCCGCAGAUUUCUACUGCCGUAGUUGAGCCCUACAACUCGGUUCUUACCACUCACAGCACGUUAGAAAAUUCGGAUUGCGCUUUUAUGGUAGACAACGAGGCUAUUUACGAUAUCUGCCGACGAAAUUUGGAUAUUGAGAGACCCACCUAUAGGAACCUGAACCGACUUAUUGCUCAAGUCGUUAGCUCGAUCACCGCCUCUCUUCGUUUUGAGGGCGCCUUGAACGUUGAUCUAACGGAGUUCCAGACUAACUUAGUCCCCUACCCCCGCAUCCACUUUCCUCUUGCUACCUAUGCGCCUGUAAUCUCAGCUAAGAAGGCCCAUCACGAGAAACUUUCCGUGGCCGAGAUCACUAACGCCUGCUUCGAGCCCCAAAACCAAAUGGUAAAGUGCGAUCCACGUCGCGGGAAGUAUAUGGCUUGUUGCAUGCUCUACCGCGGCGAUGUGGUUCCCAAGGACGUGUCGGACGCCAUUUCUCAUAUUAAAACGAAGAAGUCUAUACAGUUUGUUGAUUGGUGUCCUACUGGCUUUAAGGUGGGCAUGAACGCCCGACCGCCCACUGUGACUCCCGGCGGUGAUCUUGCUCCCAUUCCCAGAGCGUUGUGUAUGCUUUCCAACACGACGGCGAUUGCCGAGGCUUGGACUCGCCUUAACAACAAGUUUGACCUCAUGUAUGCUAAACGGGCCUUCGUGCACUGGUACGUGGGGGAGGGCAUGGAAGAAGGAGAAUUCUCAGAAGCUCGAGAAGACUUGGCUGCACUCGAAAAAGACUAUGAAGAAGUUGGUCAUGACUCCGCGGAUGCUCCCGGCGACGUCGAAGAGUAUUAAGUGUUGGGAGAAAACUUCUAUUAAGUUCUUCUGUAGUUUACUUUUGGUUUAUAAAUAGUUGUCUUUGC